GAAGAUGAAUAAAGAUCUCGAGAAAGCUAUGAAGUCUGGUAAUCAAAUCGACUUGUCAAACCAGGUAGAAAGAUUCAAGAAAAUGCAUAUGGAAGACAACCCUGUUUUAACAAAGGCGAUUACCCAGUCUGAAGUGGUGUCGCUGUGUGGAGCCCUGAAAGACGCAGUUUUGAGUAACCGUGUCGACAGACUGGAAAAGGCCAUCUACAAGACUGAAAAUUCAACACACUCUCAAAGAUCCAAGGUUAAAAAAGCCCUGGGGAAAGCCAAGGCAAAACUGUCCGACCUUUUAACCGAUCGUCCACUUUCUGGAAUGACAACACGUACGGCCACCGGUCUGAAAACGCUAAUUAGACUGAGUCCAGUUGCCCACACUGUACUUCGAGCUGUCUUCCUGCUGCUUGGCGAACAUGAUAGUUAUGUUGAGGAUCCAAAAAACGUGGCAGGUCUAUUGAAGCAGUCAGGCAACUCUUUGUGUUCGCGUUUGGAGAGAUGCGAUCUCAGAACCGUCCGUCCCGAUGUGAGUGAACAAGCUAGCAGAUUAAUAUCGAUGUACACUACAGAAGAUAUCACACGGGCGAAUCGAGAUGUCGCCAAGGUCUACAACCUUAUGACCAAGAAACUGGCAAGUCUUUCCGCCAACGAACACACACCUUCCAUCGGUAGAGAUGGUACAUCGUCACCGAUGUUUGGCACCAAUAAUCCAGCAUAAAUUCAGCAGUGAGAUGAAACUGGUUCAGUGUUAGAAGUGUGUGAACUAUGAAAACGUCACGACGUAUAUUUCCAGUUCAGCCUACGUUGUACAGUUGGUCGUGCACCCUUGUUUCGUUAUAUAAUUACUGUAUACACUACUGACUUUCUGGUGGAUUACGAUCUGCUGGGUUCUCAUCCGAUGAACUCGCACAAAACAAACCCUCUCAAAGUUACAUUUUAUACAUUGUUCUUCAUUAAACAUAUUUAAAAAAACAGGACCCUAUAGUACCAAGCUAUUUCUAUGAAGGUGACAGAAGGCAACAGAUUUCGUUUGGGUACUAGUGGCUUAAAUGGUGAUAAAUUAGUACAUGUAAGUGGUAGCCCUUCGUGUACGUAUGGUCAUAUAGUUGAAGACGCUGAACACCUUUUUACGUUUUGGUCCAUUAUACAACCUCGUAGUACCCUAUUUGUGUAGGCUUAUUUGGUGAUUCAGACCUUAUGGUUCACACAAAAUAUUUCUAUUUUUCCAUCUGUUCAGAACUUUCUUAUAAACAGCAAACGUUUUGAGAAUAAUUAACAAUUCAUCACCUAAAUAUUUGCUCUUUUUUCCAUUAAUUUUCUCGUUUUUACUUUUCGUUAUAUUAUUCUUCUUGGUAGUCAUAGUGUAAAUAAUUAUAUAUUUUUAAAUUUCAUUUUGAUUUACAAAAUAUGUGUAUGUGUGAAAUGCAGGGAGAGGCCUUCAUAUAGGCAUUAACCUGUUGGUCAGUCUCAAAUUGCUGUAUUGGGUUUCGGAAUAAAUAUUAUUUAAAUCAAAAA